AUGGUGCCUCAGAAGCGGCCGCGACCCGGGUCCAAGUCGAGCGCCGCCCUAGUACCGGAUGAGGGACUCAGCGAUGCGGAGCGCAUGAUCUUAGAGGCGAUCCGCAGCAAGGAGAACAUGGGGAUAUGGACUUUUGACCUUAAGAAGCUGACGAAUCUACCCCGCGGUGUGUUCGACAAGGCCCUUAGGUUGCUCCAACAAAAAGGUUUGAUCAAGUGCGUCGUCAGCAUCCACAACAAAAGCAGGAAGAUGUGCUUGGCGCAGGUCACCAGGCUCCGGAUCGCCACCGUCGAGGACGUCUGGAAGGGAAUCCAAAUGUCCCGCGACAGCAAGGCCGACUUCACCUUGCAGCAGAUCAAGGAGAUUGUUCAGGCCAUGGUUUUGGAUAAGGAGCUAGAGGAAGUGAAGAGCACCGGCGACGGCGAUUUCUCUGUGGUGCCGGCGGGAAGGCCGUGCUACAGGAGGUUCGAAAGAAGAGCACCUAUUGUUGGCGCUCUGUCCGCCAUCCCUUGUGGGAUUCUUCUUAGUUAUCGUAUAACAUCUCUUUGUCCUGAAGUGUUGAUAAUUUUUACUCUUGAAGUAAGAAGCACUGAUCUGUGCACUCUAUCUUCGCAUGUCAGAUCUCAGUUGCCUUGCAAGGAAUUGAAGCUGAAUCAACUUCUACUUUUGAUCUUUUACUUGGCUGAUGCUCUACCAUGUUGUUCUGUUGAAGUUGAAGCAUUGCAAAGACAAUUUGCUGGCUAUUAUUCCUAA